AUGGACGAUUCCACAAUUAUCAGUAGCGUCCGUGUCACACUUCUGACAAUCUUGCUUGCAUUCUGGAUCUAUGUUUACGCACAAAGUCGACAGAAAGACGAGUCUAACAAGGUAUUCGGUGAAGAAAAUGGUUGCCAGCCAAUACAAAAGAGACUCCUGUUUAAAUGGCCACUUGCCUUGACGUCUUCAAACGGCAAUACGAUGUUUUAUAUGGGCAAAACCUUUCAGGUCAAGUUGCUGGGCAAGGUUGGCUAUUUUACAACAGAUCCAAGAAAUCUUGAGGCUAUUCUCUUGACCCGAUUUGAAGAUUUUGAACUUGGGUCUCGACGCCAGGGUCUCUUUCCGAUGAUUGGGGAGGGCAUUUUCACUCAGGAUGGACACCCUUGGAAACACUCCCGAGAGAUACUGCGUCGCCAGUUCGUACGCAUUCAGUACCAAGACCUCAAAGUGUUUGAAAGCCCCAUCAAUGAUUUACUAGACGGUCUCAUGUCCUCUAGUGGCAUCGUAGACUUGCAACCCUUUUUCUUCCGCUUUACACUCGCCACCACCACGUCGCUCAUCUUUGGUGAGCCAUUCGCAGGCCUAGAUUCUACCGACCAUGAGAUUUUUAGCAAGAAUUUCGACUACUGCUCUCUUACUUCUGCAAUGCGCUUGCGGCUCGCGGACUGGUGCUGGAUCUAUAGCCCUUGGAAGUUCAAGAAAUCAUGCCAGAUGGUCAAGAGAUACGCCACUCAUUAUGUCAACCAUGCGCCCAAAGACAAAGACGAGAAUGGAGAGGAGGCCGCGUCUGAACGCCAUCCAUUCAUUCUCGACCUCUAUAAAGAGCUUCAAGACCCGGUAGUAGUACACUACCUUCUAGUUCGCCACCCUGUAGCACUUGAGCGAUUGCGUCAAGAGAUACGGUUAUACACACAGAUCCCAGUCAAUGUCCGUGUGGCUUCAAAGACCACGUUCAUCCCAAGAGGUGGUGGUCCAGAUGGUCUCUCCCCACUCCUCCUCACAAAAGGCACAGGUAUUGGAUUCUCUCCCUACCACAUGCAUCGACAUAAGGAUCUUUACGGCGAUGAUGCUAAUGAGUUUCGACCGGAAAGAUGGGAGGGGCCGGAGCUGAAGAGCAUCGGAUGGGGCUUUAUGCCAUUCCACGGCGGUCCGAGAAUCUGCCUUGGGAAGGACUUUGCUCUUACGGAAGCAUCUUAUGGAAUCGUCCGCAUUCUUCAGUGUUUCCCGUGUCUUCACUUGCCACCAGGACAUUCAACCGAACCGUCGGGCCUGGUAAAACAGGAUCUUACACUUGUAGUUUCGAGCGCAGAAGGUUGCAAAGUUAUGCUUAGUUAG